UUGGGUGUACGUGUUAGAACUGCAAAUCCCUGUAGGCACCGCGCUGCAUCCCCGAAGAUGAGGGCGUUCCGGUGAAUCUCACUCGUUUGUAAGUGCUACUGGGAACGCUGCACAAGUCUGAUUCAGUAUUGACGACAGGCUUUUGGAGAAUAUCAUAGUUCUUCGCCGGGUGCGCAAGAACAGACUUUGCUUGCGUAGCUUCCUCGGACCUGCUCGAAUCUGCCGUUGCUGCACAGUGGUUAGGCGCGCAAGGCCCUAAGGUGAAGCCUGUGGAAUCUGCUGUGGGAAGAAAGGCGCCAGGGUUUCCUGGGCCAAUACACUCAUGGCGGCAACGGCCCCCAGAGCCGGGGGCUCCGCGCCUGAGGCGGCGGGUUCCGCCGAAGCCCCGCUGCAGUACAGCCUUCUUCUGCAGUACCUGGUGGGUGACAAGCGUCAGCCCCGGCUCCUGGAGCCUGGAAGCCUGGGUGGGAUCCCGAGUCCUGCCAAGAGUGAGGAGCAGAAGAUGAUCGAGAGGGCGAUGGAAAGCUGCGCCUUCAAGGCAGCGCUGGCCUGCGUGGGAGGAUUUGUCUUGGGAGGUGCAUUUGGGGUGUUCACUGCCGGCAUUGAUACCAAUGUGGGUUUUGACCCUAAGGAUCCUUACCGUACACCGACGGCAAAAGAAGUUCUUAAAGACAUGGGGCAGAGAGGAAUGUCCUACGCCAAAAAUUUUGCCAUCGUGGGUGCCAUGUUUUCUUGCACUGAGUGUUUGGUAGAAUCUUACCGGGGAAAAUCAGAUUGGAGGAACAGUGUCAUUAGUGGCUGCAUCACUGGAGGAGCCAUUGGUUUCAGAGCUGGCUUAAAGGCUGGAGCCAUUGGUUGUGGCGGUUUUGCUGCUUUCUCUGCUGCAAUCGAUUAUUACCUACGGUGAGAGUGAUUACCUUUGGGGAAGGAUAAUGCCAGCCCAGGAUCAAAGCUGUUUUUCUGCACCAAUCCAGAGCAUCUGCUUCAGAGACUGAAGAUAAUUUGUUUUCCUUUUUAUGGUUGGUGUCGCGAGGGAGAUGCCUGGCCAUUGUCUGCCUCCUGUCUCUGAGCAGCCACACUCUGCUCCUGGACUCCAGCCAGACUGUGCGGGGAUGUGCCAUGCCAGCUUCUCUUUCAGGAAGAUCAGGAGUCAGUGUGUUGACUUGUAGGAAUUAAGCUCCACAAAGGUUCAGUCCUGACUACACCUGGACCUCUGGUUGUUUGGUGUUAUGAGAACAGAAGUGACUUUUCAUAGACCAGGAACUCCACCUUGGAACUUCACGCAGUUAUCUAUCUCACGUAUUAGGGCAGGGCAAAGUAAAGUUAUGCCUUCCGACCAAUUAUGUCAUUUUGUUUAGUAUUCUGCUAUCCUUGUUAAAAAAAUAUAUAUUUAUAUUACAGUUUAAAA